UCGCUAGAGAGAGAGAGAGAGAGAGAGAGAGAGAGAGGCUAGUAGUAGUAGCAAGCAGCGAGGAGCGCGGGCGGCGCGGGCAUGGCGGCGGCUCCGUCGAGGUCGCGCGGCGACUUCGACCACCUCAUCAAGCUCCUCCUCAUCGGCGACAGCGGAGUAGGAAAGAGUUGCUUGCUUCUAAGGUUCUCUGAUGACACUUUCACGACAAGUUUUAUCACCACUAUUGGCAUUGAUUUCAAGGUUAGGACUGUUGAGCUUGAUGGAAAGCGUGUAAAAUUGCAGAUUUGGGAUACUGCUGGUCAAGAACGUUUCCGAACAAUUACAACUGCGUACUAUAGAGGUGCUAUGGGCAUUCUGCUUGUUUAUGAUGUUACAGACGAAUCAUCCUUCAACAACAUUAGAAAUUGGAUUCGCAACAUAGAACAGCAUGCAUCUGAUAAUGUGAACAAGAUUUUGGUGGGCAACAAGGUUGAUAUGGAUGCAAAGCGGGUGGUGUCCACAGCACAAGGACAAAAGCUUGCAGAUGAGUAUGGGAUUAAAUUUUUUGAAACGAGUGCAAAAACAAACCAAAACGUGGAGCAGGUAUUCUUUACCAUUGCAAGGGACAUAAAGCAAAGAUUGACUGAAACUGUUGCUGCGGCAACUGAGCCCCCAGCUAUUCAAAUCAGUAGGCAAGACCCAGAUCAGGCCGGGGCUGCCUCGUCAAGAUGGUCAGCCUGCUGUAACACCUGAUCAAUGCUGUGGCACGACUGCAAGGCUUAUCCCGCCUCAGGUUGUCCAUGACUGCAAAUUUACAGGUGCGAUCUUCCGUGUGUUUACUCCAGUGUAAUGCCAAGAUGUAUAUUUCGCCCAGUUGAUAUCUAGUAGGUCAAAAGAUCCUGACCGUUCUGGUGUCGUGAUUCCUCAGUGAGGUGUAAGGGUGUUUGUUCUCCACAUUGUCGUGUUCUAGCUCUAUCAUUAGUUCUGAAUUAUGCUAUGAAACUCUUAAUUUUUUAGCUUCUCCUUGUUCGUCAGAGCAAGCGUUUCAACAGAUAAGCUAAUGGAUUUGCUCCUGCCAUGUAAACAAACCCUUCUAAGAGACAUCACUAUCUGAUUGUCUGAAUUCACGAUUGUGCAUUACUGAA